AUGGCGCAUCGGCGACAACGGCCGCAGCGACGACUGUUGAGAUGUGUGUCAUUGUUAGCCAUAGCCUCGACAUCCUCGGCACUUAACUUGUCCCAAUUUCAAGUCAUUACGUCAAACCAAAUACCAAAGAAGUGCAUCAAGGCUUACUCAACCGAUAUAGAAGGUUGUACGAGGAGUGACUUUACAAACGGAAGGCAAUGCUCAUCUAGUUGCGUGCAGGGUCUCGAGGAGGUGAAAGAUGUUAUAGACGAUGCUUGCGAGGGUCUGAAUGUCAGUGCGAAAUCGUUGCUCGGAAUCGUGUUAUCUGGCGGUUUAGUCGAUACCUUAUGCCCCGGCUUCGAUACUACGACAGUUACCAAGACUGUACAACCUUCGACUACGAAUAGAGGGUUUUCGACCAUAAACCCAGCACCAACCACUACGUCGGCCGCCUCUAGCAAAACUUCAUCCACAACAUCACGGAAAACUACACCAACGAGUGACUCAUCGACAAUAGUACAAUCGACAACAAAUCAAGAAACCUCGCCACCAUCAACGACGUCCGAAAUUCGUAGCACUUUGACACCGUCAUCCACCGAUCCUACAUCAACACAAGAUACUGCACAAUCGGCGGUUACGAGUGCAGCACAAUCAACAUCAUCGGAUGAUUCAGGUGAUGAUGAUCCUACACUUGGCGGCGCGGGUGGCGGUAGCCCAUUCGAUCAACCGAUCGAGAGUUUGGGUACGACUCUGCGUCCAGGGUUUUGUACAGAAGCCUUGACAGCUGUAAUAUUUGUCGCCAUGUUUAUGUUGCGGUAA